AAACGAAGUAAAGUGAGCAAUGGUGAAGACGGCCCAAAAUGCAUCCCACUCACAGCCUGUGAUUCCUUGACCAGCUUGCAACAUGUCGUCUGGGCGCGGAAAAAGGGAAGCUGAGAAUGGCCGCUGUAAUAUCAACGUGGUGCAGCUUGAAGGCUUGGCCCUCAUGAAGAUAAUCAAGCACUGUCAUGAAGAGGGUGCUGGCAACACUGAGGUGGCCCAAGGAGUGCUGCUUGGCUUAGUAGUGGAUGAACGGCUUGAGAUCACCAACUGCUUCCCCUUUCCUCGCCAUGCUGAUGAUGUGGAUGAAGAGGAUUACCAGCUUGAGAUGAUGCGACAUCUACGCAAAGUGAAUGUGGAUCACCUGAGUGUUGGGUGGUACCAGAGCACCCAGCUGGGCAACUUCAUCACCACUCAGUUGCUGGAGUCACAGUUUUCCUACCAAACCAGCAUUGAAGAAUCUGUUGUUCUUAUCUAUGAUCCAAUCAAGACAGCACGAGGAUUUCUCUCCAUCAAGGCAUAUCGGCUGACCCCUGAGGCCAUCAACAUUGUUCAAGAACGGGACUACACUCCGGAAGCUCUCAAGAAGGGACGCCUUGGUUUUGAGACUCUGUUUCAAGAGAUUCGCCUUGUUAUCAAGAAUUCCCACUUGGUGAACACCUUACUCACAGAGCUGUAUGAGUUUAUGCCAGGAAGUGAGGGGAAGCAAUUUUUGGAUCUGGGUACAAUGUCCACUCUUGACCGCCAACUUCGCUGCCUCAUGGAGAAUGUUGAUGACCUCAGCCAAGAGGCCAACAAGUUCAACAACUUCCAGCGUCAGAAUGCCAAACAGCUACAGGACAAACAUAAGUUCAUGCAGAAAAGGGCUGCUGAAAAUGCUCAGCGUCAAGCCAGGGGAGAACCUCCACUGCCUGAGGAAGACAUUAACAAACAGUUCAAGCCCAUUGCUCCUCUUCCUCGCCUGGAUGCUAUGAUCACAUCAGGACAGAUAUACAAUUAUUGCAAACAAGUCUCCCAGUUUUGUAGUCAGUCACUGGGAAAACUGUAUGUGGCUAAGGCAUUACAGCAGGAAAAGAAAUAGAAAUCUGAAUAACAUCCUUUUGUAAUUAUAAUGACACUGAAUAAAAAAAUAAUUAAGAUGUA